AAGUCGGAAGUCCGAGCCGAUCCCGGCCGCCCGGGCCAGCGGGAGCUUCCUGCCGGUCCAGUUUCUGAAUGCAGGGGACCCCGGGGCGCACCCCGAUGCCGAACACGCGGCUUCUGGUGCUCUUCGGCAGCCAGACAGGCACAGCCGAAGAUGUGUCGGAGAGGCUGAGCCGCGAGGCCCGGCGCAGGGAGCUCGGCUGCCGGGUGCAGGCCCUGGACUCCUACCCCGUGGUGAAUCUGAUAAAUGAGCCCCUGGUGAUAUUUGUUUGUGCAACUACAGGCCAAGGAGAGCCCCCGGACAACAUGAAGAACUUCUGGAGGUUCAUCUUCCGGAGGAACCUGCCAUCGACCUCCCUCUGUCGGAUGGACUUUGCUGUCCUGGGCCUUGGGGACUCAUCUUACGCCAAGUUCAACUUUGUGGCCAAGAAGCUGCACCGACGGCUGCUGCAGCUCGGGGGCAGCGCCCUCCUGCCCGUGUGCCUGGGCGAUGACCAGCACGAGCUGGGGCCCGACGCCACCAUCGACCCCUGGCUGCACGACCUGUGGGAGAAGGUGCUGGGGCCGCACCCUUUGCCCCUUGACCUCGGCCUGACCCCGCCCGGAAUCCCUUGGCCCUCCAAGUUCACCCUGAAGUUCCUCCAAGAGGUCCCCAGCACGUGCUCUGAGGAGCUGCGUGUGGCCGGGACAGACCCUCAGGGACCCCCUUCAGAGCUACAGCCCUUCCUGGCACCCAUGGUCACCAAUCAGAGGGUCACCGGCCCCUCACACUUCCAGGAUGUUCGGCUGAUUGAGUUCGACAUCACGGGCUCUGGGGUCAGCUUUGUGGCCGGCGACGUGGUGCUGAUGCAGCCCGAGAACACGGCCAGCCACGUCCAGCAGUUCUGUCAGGUGCUGGGCCUGGACCCUGACCAGCACUUCACGCUGCAGCCCCGGGAGCCGGGUGUCUCCUGCCCCGCGCGGCUGCCCCAGCCCUGCUCCAUUCAGCGCCUCGUGUCCCAGUACCUGGACGUCGCCAGCGUCCCCCGCCGCUCCUUCUUUGAGCUCUUGGCCUGCCUCUCCCGCCAUGAGCUCGAGCGGGAGAAGCUGCUGGAGUUCAGCUCGGCCCAGGGCCAGGAGGAGCUGCGCGAGUACUGCACCCGGCCCCGCAGGACGGUCCUGGAGGUGCUGUGCGACUUCCCACACACGGCUGGCGCCAUCCCCCCGGACUACCUGUUGGACCUCAUCCCCCUGAUCCGGCCGCGGGUCUUCUCCAUUGCGUCUUCUCUGCGGGCCCUCCCCUCGAGGCUGCAGGUUCUCGUGGCGGUGGUGAGGUACCAGACGCGCCUCAAGGAGCCCCGCCGGGGCCUCUGUUCCAACUGGCUGGCGUCUCUGGACCCUGGGCAAGGACCUGUUCGGGUGCCCCUGUGGGUGCGGUCCGGGGGCCUGACGUUCCCAAAGACACCAGACACGCCUGUGAUCAUGGUGGGGCCGGGCACUGGUGUGGCCCCCUUCCGAGCAGCCAUCCAGGAGCGAGUGGCCCAGGGUGAGACCGGAAACGUCUUGUUCUUCGGCUGCCGCCAGCGGGACCAGGACUUCUACUGGGAGGCCGAGUGGAAGGAGCUGCAGGCGCGGGGCUGCCUGACUCUCGUCACGGCCUUUUCCCGGGAGCAGGAGCAGAAGGUGUACGUGCAGCACCGGCUCCGGGAGCUCGGGCCGCUGGUGUGGGGGCUGCUGGAUCUCCGGGGCGCUCACUUCUACCUGGCGGGCAACGCCAAGUACAUGCCAGCUGAUGUGUCGGACGCCCUGACGUCCAUCUUCCAGGAGGAGGGCGGGCUCUCCGGCCCCGCCGCGGCCGCCUACCUCGCCAGGCUCCAGCGGACCCUGCGUUUCCAGACCGAGACGUGGGCCUGA